AUGUCCCGGUCGAGCUUGGCAAAGAAGCUUCACCUAGCUAAGGCCUGGAAGAGCUUCAACCUCGCGUUCCAAUCCAAACUUCACAAGCUCAAGACCUCCAAAGUCAUCACAACCACCACUCUGCGCCUCCGAGCCCUGCGCACCUUUCGCUUCCUUUUCCCCUUCAAGCGGCACCCUCUCCCUAGACCCUCCUACACCUACAGCCAACAUUACCAUUACAGCCGUCACAACCACAGCCAGUCCCAUAAGAUGAACUUCGCUGCUAUACACAUAGACGAGCUCUUUGAGGGGCCUGCUGCCUCGGUGAACAGAAGCACUCUGCACGCGCGCGCAGAAACAAGUAAAGGUAAACAAGUGAUUGACGACGAAAGGAGUUUGCCCAAAAGGAGCAAGAGCAUACACAGUGUUGAGGACGCAUGGGAAGCGGUCAUUGCUUCGUCGCCACAACUGCGAAAUGUGGAUGAAAGGGCGGAGGAGUUCAUCUCCAAGUUUCGCGAAGAUAUGAAGCUCCAGAAGGAGAGGUCUUUCCAGGAGAUGUUGGAGCGCAGUGCCUAA